UGUAAAAUAUCCUUUUUUUUAGGUUUGGGACAAGUCCAGCCUUUUUGUCAGCUCGGUGAGAAUUAUAUAUGGACCAAUCACAUAUUUGCACACGUCGUUAACAACCGCUAUGAAUUACUACCCGCGGAUCGGUUUCCAUAUAAUCAGCAAAUAAAGCUGCUAUGCGGUGGCAAUGCACCUGUCUUUUCAACCACUUGCCAGACAAACGGUCUAUUUAAUCCGCCUCUACCGACAUUAAACUGUUCAAAGGAAAUUAAAUCAUCUAUUGAGACCGUAGCAAGAGAUCCCACUUGUGCUUUUACCCUAUAUAAAGUGGGUUUUUCGUUUGAAAAUACCUUUUUGGAGGUCUAUCGAAGCUGCUAUGACGCAAAAACAAUGACGGCAUUAUUCUCCAUUCACAAGGUCUAUCCCACCCAUUUGAGUAAGUUUAAGACACUUUUGGGAACAGGACAGACGUAUAUAUCUUCCAAAUCAACAGAUUCCUUCGAUCGGGGUCAUCUAACUCCAUCAGCGGACUAUACCUUUUAUAAGGUUCUGGGUCUAACCAACAAGUAUUUAAACGUCAUCGCCCAAUCGUCCAGCAUUAAUCGGGGUAGAUGGGCGCAAAUAGAAAAAUGGGUUCGUGAUCAGGUGUCUAACGGACAAUAUGAUGUUCUGAAAGUCUGCACCGGUGGAUUGGAAGUUCUUGAACUGAAUGACACGCAUCAAAAUCCAAUUCAAAUUUACCUAGGACCUGGAAAACUUCCAGUUCCCAAGUGGACUUACAAAAUCGUUAGCCAUGCUUCUGGACACAAUGUGGUGAUCUUGAUGACCAACAAUGGAUGGGAAAAUAAUGCAUUGAACCCAGCAUCUGUCUGUAGAAGAGUAAGCUGCCCCCAAGGGAUAAAUACAGCUGGAAACACUUUCUGCUGCGACCAUUUCGACUUUAUCGCAAGGAAUGUCCCUUGGUUGACAGGGGUUUGCUAACAACACACGGACUUAUACAAAUAUUAAUUACAAAUUACUCACUUCAUAAAGCUUAAUAAAAGGUCUA